CUACUCAGUCUCAGUCUACUCACAUUCAUUGCUCAGUGGUGUGGUUUUACAAGCGAGUUCUGAGAUACGUACAUUUUCAAGGCUUGAUAAAUCAGGAAGGAGCAGAAUUUGGGAAGACUACGAUGGAUCAGGAGAAUCAGAUGAUGCAAACUGCCAUCUCUCUUAAGUCCUUCUUGUUGAAGCAAGGGAACAAAAGUAACUCAAGUCUCUAUGAACACCUCACUAGGGUGCUAAUGAGGAUUAUAGACGAGCGGCCUCAAGAUUCAGUGGACAUGAUUGAAGACAUAAGUCUUGAUGUGAAGCGAGCCUUGUUUGAGAGCAAACAAAACUUCAUGCAGGACUUGCCAGUGACCAGAGCAGCAGAGCGAUUGGCAAAACAACAAAGCUUUCUGUUCACACAAGAGUCUGACCCUGAGGACCCGCUGCCUCUUCCCAAUGUGAGUGAGAUCGGGUUUUUCCUGGAGCAAGCUGGGGUAGGACUGGGCCGAGAAGAACUCAUGAAAAUCUUCCUAGCUCUCAAGCUACUGGUGGACUCCCAUGCUCUGCAGCAUUGCAGGCUGUGGGGUAAGAUUCUGGGCAGAGAGCAAAACUAUAUUGUGGCUGAGGCUGAGUAUCCAGAUGAUGAUGUUGAUGAUGAAGUGGAAGAAGAACAGGCUGAGGAAGACACAGAUGUCUCUAGCGACGAUAUACAAGAGGAGGAGAUAUUACAACCUCCAAAAUCCACAUAUAAACCUCCACCACCAGUAAAAAAGGAGAUGAGAGGCUCAGGCACAAAUAAGUUUGUAUACUAUGUGUGCAGUGAGCCCGGCCUUCCAUGGGUUAAACUUCCUGUAGUAACUCCAGCUCAGAUCAACGUGGCUCGGCAGAUCCAAAAAUUCUUCACCGGGAGACUAGACGCUCCGGUGCUCAGCUACCCACCAUUCCCUGGAAAUGAAUCCAACUACCUGAGAGCCCAGAUUGCUCGCAUCUCUGCAGGUACUCAGGUCAGCCCACAAGGCUACUACAAGGUGGUCGAUGAGGAAGGUGAUGAAGAUGAGGAGGCAUCCCGAGACACAUGUGAGGUCAACCCUGACUUUGAAGGCAUCCCUGUAGCAAAUAUGGUGGACUCCUUCACUGCAUGGGUGCAUCAUAUCCAGCACAUCUUAAUGCAGGGUCGCUGUACGUGGAAAAACCCAGCAGGCAAAAAACAAGAGGAAUCCAGUGCACUUGCAGAAGAUGAAGAGCUUGAGGCGAGUGAAGAGGUAGAGCCAGAGGUUGGACCACCACUGCUCACGCCACUCUCUGAAGAUGAAGAUAUUUUUGACUGUCCUCCCUGGACUAUUUUGUCUUCAACCAAGCUCAUCUCCCAGCACGCUGUCGCUGUGGUGCGUUCAAACGUCUGGCCUGGGGCUUUUACAUAUGCCUCGGAAAAGGCUUUUGAGAACAUUUAUAUUGGCUGGGGUCAGAAGUAUUCAGGCGAGGGAUACAGCCCUCCUGUCCCCCCACUGCCAGAGAAGGAGUACAUGGGUGGGCCUGAGAUCACAGAAGACGUCGACCCGUCUUGGAGCGAUGAGCAGGAGCAAGAGGCUCUCGCAAAGCAGGUUGAGGAACUAGAAGACAUGGAUGAAGAUGAUGAUGAAGAUGAUGAUCAACAAUAAUGAAUAUUGUUGCUGUAUUUAUUGUAAUAUACAUUUUGUAUUUAAGUCCAUCUGAAAUCUUUUCAAAAUAAAAUGGU